CACACCUUCAGGGGUCUAGUGGAGUCCAUGCCUCGACGGGUCAGGGCUGUUUUGGUAGCAAAAGGGGACCAACACAAUAUUAGGAAGGUGGUCAUAAUGUUAUGCUUGAUCGGUGUAUAUGGGAAUCAAUUUGCCAUGCUCCAUUUGAGCUGCAGAAAUUAAAUUGAACUCUUUAUUUCUCUCACUCAAAAUGAUUUCUGGUUUAAAUUUGGUUUUCAGUUUUUUUUUUUUCAGACAUUUGGAUUUCAAUGUAUAUCAAAGGGCUCACACACACACACACACACACACAUAGGGUGAAUUCAGAGUGAUUGCCAUUGAGAUGAAUUGGAAAAAGUGUCCGAAUCACCUUGUAUUCACCCUGUAUUUAUGCUGUUUCUUCCUCUGAAAUGAUUUACAUGAUAUGAGAUGACUGUGGUUUGACACCGUUUGCCAAUCUGAGGUUUAUCUUACUGCAAGUGUUACAGAGGAAGUUAAUGUGGCCACAUGUGAUAAGUGGUAUUUGUGUGGCACACUAGCAGCGUCUCUUUACCUGAGCGGUUCUGUGUUUUUGAGUAUGCCAGAUUGUUUUGAAUUAUGUGCAUGUUCAUUUUUUAUAAGGAUUUAAUCAGUUUACUAAAAACAUUAGUGCAGUUUGUUCAGAUUAACACACUAAAUAGGCAACGAACAUCUCAAAACUCUUCUUGUUUACAUUCAGAACUUGAGCCAAAGUCUUUAUUGAAGUCUUUAUUAUUUAUUAAACUUUAUUUUUAUAUGAUUAACUUAACAAAAACAGUAAACUUAAGAGGUGGACAUUUUCACUAAAUUUAGGAGUUACUUUAAAUCACUGUAAAUGUAUUAUCCAGAUCUUAAAACCAUUCACAUCAGAUUAUUUAAAUGCAAAUGCAGAGAUGUGGGGAGUCAGAGGGUUGGGGUUGAGCGCAACGGGAAAUGUGAUUCAACUCUUUCUUUGUGUUGUUCUGUGUAAAGCCUGUGCGUUCCCAUGGGUACAAGCGGUGAGGAGCUCUACAGCUGAAGUUCCUCUUUUUAAAUGGGGUUCCCUGAUUGCAGUCGAGGGUCUGAGGAGUGUGUAAACUGUGGCAUGUGCCUGGGAUUAGGACAUUUCAUUGAGGAUUUUAGCAGCACCCUGAUGGUUAUAUGCUCCUUCAUGGCCUGAACUUCAAGCAACACUGAAGUUUGCUGGGACGUUUUCAGUUUGUAGCUGAAACAUGUUCCAGUUCAUCCGGAAACAAAUUCAUAAUCACCUUGUGAAGCGAAAAAUUAUGAAAACACGUCUUGUUACAAAGGACGGUCACUGCAACAUUAAAUUUGGGACUACUGAAUAUCACAGCCAUUUUGCUUUCCUUAAGGACUUCUGGACUACAUUUGUUGAGAUUCGCUGGUGUUUUGUAAUUGUUUUAUUUGCUGCUGCCUUCACUGGAAGCUGGUUCGUUUUUGGUUUGCUCUGGUAUUCGCUUGCAAAAAGUAACGGAGACUUAGAUGUUCUCCAGACCUCUUCUGAAUCCCAUCAGGUGAAAUGUAUAGAGAACAUUAACAGUCUUACAACCGCCUUCUUAUACUCUUUAGAGACCCAGACCACUAUUGGCUAUGGCGGUCGGGCUCUCACGGGUCACUGCCCGGGCACGGUCGCCCUGUUGAUCAUCCAGUCCCUCAUGGGCACCAUCAUAAACUGCUUUAUGUGUGGACUCAUUUUGGCAAAGAUCUCUCUCCCGAAGAGAAGAGCAAAAACGGUAACCUUCAGCGAAACUGCGGUCAUUUGUCUUUGGAAGGGGAAUCUGUGCCUCCAGAUACGAGUGGCCAACCUUCGAAAAACUCUUCUUAUUGGCAGCCACGUUUAUGGAAAGCUUCUGCAGACCACCAUUACUUCAGAAGGGGAGACCAUCAUACUGGAUCAGGUGAAUAUUGACUUUUUGGUGGAUGCUGGAAAGGACAAUCUGUUCUUUGUUUGUCCGCUUACCCUGUACCACGUGAUCGACAAAUCAAGCCCGUUUUCUGAGAUGGCUACGAACACUCUUCAGCAGCAGGACUUUGAGUUAGUGGUCUUCCUAGAUGGUACGGCCGAAUCCACCAGCUUGUCCUGUCAAGUCCGAACUUCGUACCUUCCACAGGAGAUCAAGUGGGGUUACAACUUCCUGCCCGUCAUCUCUCGCACCAAGGGUGGGAAAUACCGCGUCGACCUGUCCAAUUUUUCCAAAACGGAACCAGUGGUGACUCCGCACUGCGCUUGCUGUUUUCACAACGAACAUAACAAGGAGAUUAUUCUCCACCGACACGGACGUGAAGGCAUCGAUAACCUGGGAUUUGAUGUUAUUGACCUUCAAGACUCUGUUGAUGUAACUGAGAAGGGUGAUUAAGGGUUUGCUACAGCAGUGACUGAUUGAGAGGAACACAAGUAUGAAGUAAACAUCCUGUGAAAGUUAGAAGCCACAUAAAAAAGAGAGAGAGGAAGAGUUACUUUCACUAACAAACGGGCUGUGUUCCAAAACCUGAGCUGCCUGUGUAGUCAGACUAUUAAGGCAUUAUUUGUGCUUCUGACAAUUAUGCUGCUAAGAUACCUUGUUUUGAUUAAAUUGUAAUUUAAAUUAAAUUGUCAGUGGCUCAUGGUGGGUAAAGUGAGAGAAUUUUGUGUGUGUGUCUGUCUAUCUACAGUCAAACCAAAACUUAUUCAGAUAUUUUUGACAUAAUUUUUACUAGUGGGUGCAGGACACUAUAGUUAAUUUAUGUAAGU